GAUUAGUACCAGUUUUGGCUGAAGAAAUGUUAAACCACAAUGUUUUACUGUCAAAACUAAGUGCUGUAACUCCUGCCAAACAUCAUCAGCUUCUUCAACAACUACAGCAAUUGAAGACCCUACAAACAAAGGUGUUCAUCGUGGUUAUGCUAUCAAAUCUUGCAUCCCGGUUCUUCCAAAUGGUUGAAGAAGCCGGGAUGCUGGCCAAGGGGUAUGCUUGGAUUAUAACUGGUUUGGAUUCUGUUGAUUCAGAAACCAUUGAGGCAAUGCAAGGCAUAGUUGGCGUGAGGCCUUACAUUCCUAGAUCUCGUGAACUUAGCCGCUUCACUAAGAGAUGGAGAAGGAGGUUCCAUGAGGAGAAUCCGGAGAUGGACAGAACAGAAGUUAAUGUUUUUGGGCUGUGGGCUUAUGAUAUCACAACAGCGUUAGCUGAUGCAUUCGAACGUGUUGGAGUAGCAUCCCCACGGUUCAAGAAACUUAUGCAGAGAUGGAAUUUGACAGAUUUGGAAGCAAUAGGAACUUCAAAUAGUGAUCCAUCUUUUGUUCAUAUGAUCAGAAACUAUGAGUUCAGAGGGUUGAGUGGCAAUUUCAAUCUAAGCAACGGGCAGUUGAAGGCAUCUGCCUUUGAGAUAGUGAAUGUUGUUGGUUCAGGAGCAAAUAGAGUUGGAUUCUGGACCGAAAGCUACGGCAUUUCACAGAAGCUGAUCACAGAUGAUUCGAAUGCAGUUUACUCGACCAAAAAAGAUGCCCUUGGGGUCGUGCUAUGGCCAGGAGGGACAGUCGCUGUGCCCAAAGGCACGGAGGUUCCGAAAAAUGGAACAAGGUUGAAAGUUGGAGUUACUGUGAGGAGUGGUGGAUUCUCUGAGUUUACCAAAACAGAGAGGAAUUCAGAAACAAAUAUUGUUGAAGCAACUGGCUUUUGCAUUGAUGUUUUCAAACAAGUGAUGGAAUUGCUACCAUAUGCUAUACCAUAUGAGUUUUUCCCCAUUGAAUAUGUUGAUCACCAGAAAGAUGGAGAUUAUAGUGACAUUUCUAACCUGAAAUCUAAUUUGGAAGCCAUUUCUGAGGUUUAUAUUUUCUAUCUUCAUCAUAGUCUUUUAGAUUGUUUGGUAAGCACUAACCAAUGUCUGAAACAGAAGUACGAUAUAGUGGUCGGAGAUAUCACCAUCACAGCAAACAGAUCGGAACUACUCGAUUUCAGCUUCCCCUACACAGAAUCUGGCGUUGCUGUCAUCGUCCCAAUCAAGGACAACGACAGCAGGAACGCUUGGAUUUUCAUGAAACCUCUCACGACGGGGCUGUGGCUAGCAGCCGGAGCAUGCUUUUUCUUCACUGGAUUCGUUGUGUGGGCUCUUGAGCAUCGCGUGAACGAGGAAUUCCAAGGUCCUCCUCUUCAACAAGUUGGAACUGUCUUCUGGGGAGAGAAUUGUUGGCAAUUUAACAAGAUUUGUGGUGAUUAUAUGGAUGUUUGUGGUGCUGGUUCUGAGCUCGAGUUACACAGCAAGCUUGACAUCAAUGCUAACUGUGCAGCAGCUUCAGCCUACCAUCACCGACAUCCACGAUCUGAUCGAGGAGGGUGACUACAUCGGGUACCAGUAUGGCUCCUUUGUCACCGGACUAUUGAGAAACAUGAAUUUCGAUACCUCCAAGUUCAGAAGCUACAGAACACUGAAAGAAUACGACGUCGCCCUCUCCAAAGGUAGCAGGAAUGGAGGAGUGGCUGCCAUUGUUGAUGAGCUCCCUUACAUUAGGAUGUUUCUUUCCAAAUAUUGCAGGAAGUAUACUAUGAUUGGCCCAAUAUACCAGACUUCUGGUUUCGGAUUUGCAUUUCCGAAGGGCUCGCCACUAGUUGCUGAUGUUUCAAGGGCGAUCCUGAGGCUGAAAGAGGAUGAGGAAAUGGAGAGGAUUUCAAGAAAAUGGUUUAAAGAAGGAAGGUGCAGAGGCAGUGAUGGAGCAACAGUGAACACCAAAAGCCUCAGUGCAGAUAGUUUCAAAGGCCUCUUUCUAGUAGCUGGUCUCUCAUCAUCCUUGGCUCUAGCUAUAUUUGUGUCGAAAUUCGUGUACGAGAAUCGGUGUAUGUUGAACUCUGCUGCUUCUACCAAGCUCAAGAUUCAUGAUCUAGCUAGAGCUUUUUAUCAGAAGAAAGAUGGUAGUACCAUAUCAGAGGAGUCUCUUAGUCCUUAGAGGAAGAGUUUCAGCAUCCACUCCAGAACCAAUGACUCCCAUAUCUUAAAGAUAAACUAUUAUGUGUUGUGUGUAUGUGUGUGUGGAGAAGAGC